CCCCAUGCGGUCUGAAUCGGAUGGAAUGAAUAACUUACCUGGGCUCAUCCAUAAACAUAAUUGCAGAGAUUGCCUAUUGGACCAGCUGCUCGCUCCAUAAGAUGGUGUGCAGAAAGAGAGCACAGAGCCGCUGAGGGAGAGAGGACGGAGCAGAGAGCUCAGAUAUGUGUGUGAGCAGUUAGAGGAAAGACUUGUUCUGGCGCUGCAAAGCGCGUAAGAGGCGCGUUUUCGUUUUUACGCACAGUGCAGUGAGACAGAUUAAUAGAUAGAUUGUUCUAAAAUGUCCUAGUAGAAUACGGUAUUCCUGAACUUAUUAUUGUCAAGACAGCGGAGUCUUUCAGUGAACAUUCCUCAGACUACACUUCCUACAGAGCGUGCGGGGGGGAAGCAUUUCUGAAACUUCUGAUUGUUCACUUUGCAUUUGGCACCGGGAUCUUGAACUUGGUUGUGUGAUGAAACAGGUCAAUAGCCAGUGGUUUUAGUGUUACUUUCUUAAACAGCAACAUGGAUCCUUUAUUUAAUACCACCGACGUGCCAAAUUGGACCACCGGAUCGAACGACACCAAUAACGGCACAGUGUACUGGAACCAGUUUGUGCAGCCAAUCUGGAGAAUUGUCCUCUGGUCCAUUGCGUAUAGUUCUAUAGUUAUCGUGUCCGUGGUAGGAAAUCUCACAGUGAUCUGGAUCAUUAUGGCUCACAAACGCAUGAGGACCGUCACCAACUAUUUUCUGCUGAACCUGGCGUUCGCUGAAGCCUCCAUGUCCGCCUUCAACACGGUGAUCAACUUCACCUACGCCGUGCACAAUGAGUGGUACUUCGGACUGGUCUACUGCCGCUUCCACAACUUCUUUCCGAUCGCGGCUGUCUUUGCCAGCAUCUAUUCUAUGACUGCCAUCGCUCUGGACAGGUACAUGGCCAUCAUCCACCCUCUGCAGCAGCGCAUGUCAUCCACAGAGACCAAGGUGGUGGUGGGAGUUAUCUGGGUGCUGGCUCUGCUCCUCGCUUUUCCUCAGUACUACUACUCCACAACGGACCAGCUCCCUGGUAGGGUGGUGUGCUACAUCGACUGGCCUGAAUACACCCUGUGCGACUUCAAAAAGAUGUACUAUGUGUGUGUGGCCAUCCUGCUCUACUUCCUUCCUCUGCUGGUGAUGGGUUGUGCUUACUUGGUGGUGGGACUGACCCUCUGGGCCAGUGAGAUCCCUGGAGACUCUUCUGACCGCUACAAAGAGCAGCUGACUGCCAAACGCAAGGUGGUGAAGAUGAUGAUCGUGGUGGUGUGUACUUUUGCAAUCUGCUGGCUGCCCUUCCACGUCUACUUCCUGCUGCACCAGUUCUUUCCUGACAUGUUUGAAGAAAGGUUCAUCCAGCAGGUUUAUCUGGCCAUCAUGUGGCUGGCUAUGAGCUCCACCAUGUACAACCCCAUCAUCUACUGCUGCCUCAAUGACAGAUUCCGAGCUGGUUUUAAACAAGCCUUCCACUGCUGCCCCUGCGUCCCACGAGGCUCUUACGAAGGCCUGGAACUCAAGUCCACGCGCUACCUUCAGACCCAGACAAGCGUUUACAAGACCAGCCGGAUGGAGACCACCGUGUCCACUGUUCUCCAGGUUGGGGAGGACAUGGAGCAGCCCAAGGUCAAGGCAAUAGUGGGUCCAGGGCCUGCUGUGCCCGCAGUCGGGGCCAGACCACAUAGCUCCUCCCUGGACCUCACCUCGAAUGGGUCAUCGUCCCGGAGCGUCUCCAAAACAGUAUCGGAGACGUCCAGUUUCUACUCCAGUAACAACCUGCAGGAAUAGACCUGAAACACGGGCGGCAUUUUGCCGGAUGGCGGUUAGAGAGAGAGAGUGAGUUCGCAUUGCUGCUUUUGCCUGCGUGUACUCCUGCAAAAGCACAGCGUGAAUGUGUGAGUUUGUGUGCCAGUGACUGUGUCUGAGUUUUUGAUGAAUACAUUUUCACUGUGUUCAGUGGAACGUCAUCUUAGGUAAUUUGCAAGUGAGACUAAGACUUCACCCACUACGCCCUUGUAUAAAAAACUCGUGCUGCUCACAGUUAAAGAUCAGCUCCCAUUCGAAAGGUUUGCUCAGUGUCAAAAAGUGAUGACAGGCACAUCGACAAUAUGAGCGCAUUCCAUUUCAAAUGCUAAACUGAAGCAGACACUAGUUCCCAAUGUUCACAGCCUCUGCUUGUCACACCAGCCUUCUCUCGGUGUAGAGGGAAGGUUCACACAUCCGCAAUCACACAAGCUGUGUGACUUCACACAAUCUAUUUUGGAGUGAAGCUAUAACAUGAGACCAGCAUGCUCUGAACACACCUCGAUUUAACAAGGGUGUUCUCUGCAAAGAUACACAGUUUGGAGACCUGGGGUUUUCAGAAAGUUCUCUCUAAUGGAGAAAACCUGCUUUUCACAGGAACUCUCUCGCCAGAAGUAACAAACAGAGGCAGAUGUGUGGUUCAAGUUGAAGGGCUCUCCCAGAAGAGGUGAUGGAGAAGAAAAACAACGAAGCAUAAACUCUGAACUUUGCAUGUGUGAGUGUGUGCAAGCUGAUCAGAAUGCCAACUCAAUCUCCCCAAGCAAGGCAUCCUGAACACUCCAAUGUGCAAGACGAGUGCCUGUCUGGCUGAACGAGCGCUCUAAGGAUCUCCUGCAGGGGUUGCUGAAAUGUUCUGGCAAUCGCCUGAAACGCCAGCUGGGAGCAUCAUCUCUGAAACACAGAGGUGUUUCAAAUGCUGAAGAGGCAACAGCGAACUUCAAAUGAAAACUGACUAAAACCCAAACUGCCCAAUAUGAGACCUCAAACCCAGAUGUAACUCCUCCGUAACACGACUGAACCCAACGACACUGGAGUGUAGCUUAGAGACUGAUCUGCAAUGGACAGUAGAUGAAAUGUUCCAGUUUCCUACAGAAUUAAUACAGUUUCCUAAUAAUACCUGCCCCCUCAGCUGUGUAACCCGCUCCACCUUUUAUCAGACACAACACUGGGUCGUGAUCUAAAUGCAAGGCACCACUUUCAAAUUGACAUAUUUAUGAAACUCUCAUUAGCUGCUCUACCCUUCCACUUGGCAGUAACAUGCACCUGACAAAUGUAUCUCCAGUACACACUGGUCAUAUAUGCUCAUUUGUGUACAUUUUCUUGGUAUUUGGUGUUUCAGGUGAUCAGAUGUUCUGAUUCUUUCAAAUAUCCACACUUCAUAUGCUGUCGCUCCAUCCACAUGUAAUCCAGUCAUACAAGGUGCAUGUUAAUAUCAGGUUUAAAGGGCUUCAUAGAUGUUGCAGCCGGGAAUGUGCACAGGCAGCCUGUUGGCUGUAGCUGUCAGCGGUGAUGUGCCUUGCUGCAUAGCAUAAUGUCUGUAAAUGGGUGAGGGGAGCAGAGAAAAAAGGAAAAGGAAGGUUAGGUAACAGGGGCUACAGAAGCCCACUGGGACAAACUGUCUUAACCUCCUACGGUGGUAAAGACACACACACAUACGCAUGCACAGAGCAUAGUUGGAAGGUGCCAUGCAUAGUUUUUGAUCAUUUCUUAAAGGACAUUUAGUUUAUUAAUGGAAGCCAGAAUAUUUUACUACAAAUACGCUGGAGGGAGCCUAAUAACUAAAUCCUCAAGAUUUACAUAUUUGCUGUGUACAGAACAAACACAGGCUUUUAACCACGCACAUCCACCAAACAGUGUAGCUGUAACACACACAAUAGAAGAGAAAAGACUAAAUCAAUUUGAAUAAGUCUACGAAGUAUUUAGGUUUAAAAAUUCACAGCUUGCUUUGCAUUGGAAAUAAUUCAAUACUGUCACUGUUAUCACAUUAUGAGAUAUAUUCUGUGAAAAGUAUAACUCAGUCCUUGGUUAAAUCAUGUUUCAAGAUGGAUAUUCUUUGCAGUGUGCAUACACAACACAUGCACACAUAUCCAGAGAAUGAUCACCUGUUGAUACCCAUCAUUCUACUUUCAAACACUUUCACACACACACACACACACACACACACACAAACACACCCUACAGUUCCCCUCCUGACUCCUGGGCUAUUCUCAGUACACAAACGCUGUUGUUAUAAAUUCCAGUGUCAGCAGACAUGAAACUGAGGAGCACAUGUCUAGCAACGCAUAACUUUAUUGGAAUCACAAUGCCUAUCAAUACCAUAUCACUUUAUUCACCGAGUACAAAGCUAACUCUUGGUGACAUGGAAACAUAUCUAAAAUAAAAUACAACAUUGGUGCCGGAACCACAGGAGGUCACACUCAGUGCAGAAAAUGAAGGACAUUCAGCAGACGUUAGACAGCAUAAAAGAAAACGCCCCGUCAUCACCAUAGCUGACAUUUCACUUUUUCACACAGGGUAGAAUAUAAACAUAAUACAUCAGAGCUUUUGGGAGAUGAAUGUCUUAGCCAAGUCAUUAGUUCAGUGAGGAGAACAUAAAAAUCAUAGAUCUCUGACUUUGAUGCUGCACGCUAACACAUUAACAUACACUGUGUUGUCAAAAUGAAGAUUUAGAGAAGAAUAACUUUUACUAAAAUUAUAAUUUGUCAGGAUGCCCAGAAUAUUCAUGCAUUUUAAAAAUUAUUACAUCAUUUGAUCAAUGAAUAUAUCACUGUAAGUGAUAUGGUGAGGUUCGUUUUUGGAUGUCAUGCAGUUGUUUACGGCACAGUGAUUUGUAACUGUGCACAGUCACUCCCACUUUCAGUGUGGAAACAUAAAUCAUAUCAUAUGGAACGUAGGGAAAGCAGACCCAUUUAAAAAAACAUGAAAAUAAAAUAUUUAAAUCUAUAUAUAAAAUAUUUUAUUUCUCUCACAUCUUGUUCUUCGAAAGGUGUGUUGAGGCCAAAAGCAAAGCACUACCGCUGUGAAUAAUGUGUGCUUAAGUGUUAUUAACAACACAUGAAUAACCUUGUGAAUGACAUUAGUGGCUUAAAGCCCCAUAUCUUCAAAAAUGGUUCUUCUCUAUGAUAUUAAAUAUUAACGAGUAAGUAAGCAACAAUCAAAGAUCAACUCUGAAGAAACCCUACUUUGUUUUCAUUUAUAUUAGGAUAUAUUUUAUGAAAGUUUAACACUUGCAGACUCAGCUAGUCUGCUGAGUUGGUUGGCUAAGUGUGGUUUGAUCGUAUCUGAUUGACAGUGGCCUGGCAACAUAAGCAAUUUUUGAUUUUAAUGCUGCUAAAUCCUGAUUGGUACACAGAAGUAGGCAACAUCACAUUUUUUUCCAACUGAGCCAAUAAGGAGAGCACAGAGAAAAACAAUAACUAAAUCUAUUUGUGAAAUAACUGUUCUAACGUUGGCAGAAAAUUGCUGUGUUCAUCCCAUCAAUUGUUGUAAGUGUCUAAUUUUAAAAAAGCCUUUAAGGCUUUGAAGUUUUCAAAUAUCCACUUGUACUCCUUUCCCUUGUUUCUUUUUUAUGACCAGAAGCAUUCAAUGAUGCAAAUCAGCCUGAAAUGAUAUUGUGUUACUAAAUGACCAUCUGCAGGACUGGUUUGGCAACAGAGUCCUAAAUAGAGUGAUCCGGGAGAGAUCGUGGUUGAUGUCAUUACAACAUAGUUAACUGAUUACAUUAUAAACAAGACCUGCACCCUCGAUACCUCCUGCCCUGAGAGGAUGAGUUGGAGUCAGUGAGCUGGAUAGGAAAAUGCUCCUCGUCUGCAUGUAAUCCUGCAAGUAAAUUAGCUCACACAGUAAGUGUACAAGAGGGAAAAUUAGUUUGUUUUGUUUAUGGCUGUGUUUCCUUAUGAGGACCAACAGACCUUUCAAGGACAAUGAGUUGUCUUUUUAGUUUUUAAAGGAACAGUGCACAUUCAUGAAUAUUUCGGCAAGCAUCAAUGUAAAUGUACCAGAUUUAGCCAGAAGGCUAUUUUUCAUCUGUAGUCUAGAAAAAGCUGAAAAGCAACCAUUUCAGUUCACUGCACCAGCAUGUUAUUCGUUUUACAACAUUAAAAACUGAUGUGUCAAAGCCUUGCUAUUCAUAAGAGCCAAAGCCAUAGCUACAACCAGUGCUUAAUUUGUAAAUUAUUAGGUUCCUGAGCGUAUAAAAUGUGCCACACGCUGAAAAUAAUUAAUUAAUAAUGUCUAUCCAUGUAAAUAGUACCAUAACAGCCUGUCACAAUCACAGCCAAGGCAGCAGUCAGCCAUGAAAUAAAUGCUGCUACUUCACUCCUAUAUAGCUAACAGCAGAGCUUACACAAAGUUGACAGAAAAAGAAAAUAUCAAAAUAUCAUAAAUACCAACAGCUGUGAAUCCAGCUUAGAUUUCUUUGAACACACAACCCCAAAGCCAGUUACAACCAACUAAAGCACUGAUCCCACUCAUGCUGUGGUCUUACUAAUUGGUGACCAUGGUUCCCAACUUGUUUUUUGCUUUUUAACCCUUGACACAAAGUCCUUGUCCAAUGUCCUUGUGUGACCCAUUGUCACAUGAUGCAUGUGCUGUGAGUGGCUCAUUUGAACAAAGAUUAGAGGAAACACCAAUAAAUAAAGAAUUUUUUUUUAUUUCCCCA